AUGACCUCCGAGGGCGGGCCGCCGCCGGCCCCGCUCCGCCGCGCCCGCAGCCCGGGCCCCGGCGCGCUCCAGGCCGCCCUGAUGAGCCCGCCGACCGCCGCCGCCGCCGCCGCCGCCGCCCUAGAGGCCGCCUCGUCUUCGUCGUCGUCCGCCUCCUCCUCCGGCGCGGCCGGCGCGGCCCCGAACGCCUGCAAGAGCGCGGGCGGCGGCGGGGGCGCGGGCGGCGGCGGCGCGGGCGCCAAGAAGGCGAGCUCGGGGCUGCGGCGGCCCGAGAAGCCGCCCUACUCGUACAUCGCGCUCAUCGUCAUGGCCAUCCAGAGCUCGCCCGCCAAGCGCCUGACGCUCAGCGAGAUCUACCAGUUCCUGCAGGCGCGCUUCCCCUUCUUCCGCGGCGCCUACCAGGGCUGGAAGAACUCCGUGCGCCACAACCUCUCGCUCAAUGAGUGCUUCAUCAAGCUGCCCAAGGGCCUCGGGCGGCCGGGCAAGGGCCACUACUGGACCAUCGACCCGGCCAGCGAGUUCAUGUUCGAGGAGGGCUCGUUCCGCCGCCGGCCGCGCGGCUUCAGGCGGAAGUGCCAGGCGCUCAAGCCCAUGUACCACCGCGUGGUGAGCGGCCUGGGCUUCGGGGCCUCGCUGCUGCCGCAGGGCUUCGACUUCCAGGCGCCCCCAUCGGCGCCGCUCGGCUGCCACGGGCAGGGCGGCUACGGCGGCCUCGACAUGAUGCCCGCGGGCUACGACGCGGGCGCCGGCGCCCCGGGCCACGCGCACCCGCAUCACCACCACCACCACCACGUCCCGCACAUGUCGCCCAACCCGGGCUCCACCUACAUGGCCAGCUGCCCGGUGCCCGCCGGGCCGGGGGGCGUCGGCGCGGCCGGGGGCGGCGGCGGCGGCGGCGGGGACUACGGCCCGGACAGCAGCAGCAGCCCCGUGCCCUCGUCCCCGGCUGUGGCGAGCGCCAUCGAGUGCCACUCGCCCUACACCAGCCCCGCGGCGCACUGGAGCUCGCCGGGCGCCUCGCCUUACCUCAAGCAGCCGCCCGCCCUGACGCCGGGCGGCACCCCCGCGGCCCCGGCCGGCCUGCACACCAGCAUGUCCACCUACUCGCUGGAGCAGAGCUACCUGCACCAGAACGCCCGCGAGGACCUCCCAGUGGGGCUGCCCCGGUACCAGCACCACUCCACGCCGGUGUGCGACAGGAAGGACUUUGUCCUCAACUUCAACAGCAUCUCCUCCUUCCACCCCUCGGCCAGCGGCCCCUACUACCACCACCACCACCACCAGAGCGUCUGCCAGGACAUUAAGCCCUGUGUCAUGUGAGCGGAGGGAGGGGCCGGGCCAGGCCCUCUCGCCCCUGGGGCGAGGCUGCGGUGGACUCCCAGAGCAGCGUGGCUGCAAAUAGCACAUCAGUCACUUAGCCAGAGUCCCCAGGCCAGGCAGGCAUCCUGCGCUGAUGUUUGUCUGCCGUUGGCAGAAGGACAGCCCCAAGGUAAUGCCCCGAAUCCGUGCAGGCUCCCAGAGAAGGGAGAACUCCGCUCCUUAGCCGAGAUGGUGAGGACUCACCACGCGGAAAACACAAGCAUGGAACUCUGGGGGCUCCCUUGCCUUCAGUAAUCAGGGUCUGAAACACGCAGAGGGGCUGUGUGUGUGUGUGUUUCUUUGUCUAUGGAAAACGUGUGUGCUUUUCUAAAAGGCAGUGCCGAGCACAAGAUUUCAAGAAAGCCUCAUCUUGUUGCCUGGCUCAGUGGGAGAGCUGUGUUUCACCAAACACUACCUUUGGAUACAGGUGCCAAAGAACGUUAUCAAGGAAGUAUUUAGCAACAAUGUGUCUAGUUUAAGAAAGUGGUCUUCAGUAUUGUGACAAUACAACGUUUUUUACAAGGUUGUUUUCUACCAUCAUAGUUUAAAGAUAUUUUUAUGACCUUCGUGUAUACUCACACUUUGCUUGUAUUUUAAAAGGAGGAUAUAUUUGCACUUACGUAUACUUUUACAGUUUGCCAAACU